AUGGGGGAAUCCACGGACACAAAGGAGACAUCUCAUAACCACUGGAGUUCAAAUACAGCCGACCCGUGGCCCACCCCUGCCCAGAGGACCGAGAACUGGAACCCUCGAGCCGCCUCUUUUGCUAAGGAGCCUCCCUUGCCCCCCACCCACACCCCUAGGUGGUCUCAGGCACUGUGCCAAGUGACUGACAUGCCAUUAUCUCUUUCAGUGAUUAUAUCACCUCCACGAGGGCCUGAGGUGACGCCCAUACCUGAGCAUGCUGUACCUGAACAGCCACAUAAAGUGGAAGAAGAAAAUAAAGAGGAUACUCCUGCUAAUGAGAAAACUGGCAAUUAUUAUAAAGAUAUAAAACAAUAUGUGUUCACAACACAAAAUCCAAAUGGCACACAAUCUGAAAUAUCCGUGAGAGCAACAACUGACCUGAAGUUUUCUCUAAGAAACUAACCAACCCAGGGUCCAAAUGAGCCUGCAUUUUGGACAAUGUUAGCUAAAGCUAUAAGUGCAACCACCAUUGAGGACAACCAACGAGAUCAAUUUUUUCAGCCAAUUCCAAACUCUGAUGUGAACAUUACAGAUGAAGACAACCUGGCAGAACUACAGGAAGCCAAGUUAAAAUUAAUGCUGGGCAUCUCGUUGAUGACCCUCCUUCUUUUUGUCAUCCUCUUGGCAAUCUGUAGUGCCACGCUGUACAGAAUGAAGUCAAUGAAGUAUAGGACAGCAUGUCAGAGUGGCGAAUACUCUGUCAACCCAGAGCUGGCAACUCUGUCUUACUUUCAUCCAUCAGAAGGCGUAUCAGACACAUCUUUUUCUAAGAGUGCUGAGAGCAGCACAUUUUGGGGCACCACUUCUUCAGAAUUAAGGAAAUCAGACACAAGGUCAAAAUCUAGGACGACGGACAUGGUUUCCACAGGCUCAGAGGAGACAGGCAUGAAUGAUGAGUCAGACUUAAUUCAGAGUGAGGAACCGAGCGAGGAACACACUGAUGACUAG